UUGACGAAAAUCCAUAAAAUGCCCUUGGUUCUUUGCCCAAUUUAACAUUUUGACAAGUAAUUUCAAAAUGCCCUCUCCCGCUCUCACUCUUGACUGCAACUCGACCGUUGCAACCAUUUCCCCUGCCUGCUUCACGCCCUCUGGUCCUACUGGUAGUGUGUUUGAGGCGUCUGGGGUGUUAUGUGCUGGUGGCUGCCAUGGUGCUGAGCCCUCUUUGCAGUGUUCUGUCGUGGCGGUGUUCCCUCCUGCUGUGGACCCUAGCGUUGCUUGCAGUGUUGUGGGUGCUCUUCCUAUCACAGAGCCUUCUGCCAUCUCCCUUCCCCCUGCUAGCGUUGCUAGGUCUGAGUUUGAUUCUCCACGGGUGAAUGGUGAUGCUGUCAUUUCUUAUGAGGAUCUGCCUGCUGCCCUCCCUUCUGCUGAAAAUGUCGUGGGUACUGGAGCUACUCUUUUUGGUACCAUGGCUGCUGCCAAUGUUGCGGGUUCUAAGGCUUCCAGACCUUCUACUGGUGGGUGUAUCUUUUCUCGCGUGGCUCAUUCUGCUGCUCUUACAAUCAAGGGAUCUGUCCUUUUCCUUGUGUCAAGACCUCUCAUGUGGUGGUCUGUGGUCUGGAAGUUGCUGAGAAUAUUGAUUACUACCAGCGCAUUGCAUUGGUUUGCAGAUUUACGGGUUUCUGGCCUUCUCUCCCGGAUCUCCAUCGUUGGAUUCUUCACUGGUUGAGAGGAUUUAAAAUUCUCUUCUUUUGUCAGCAAUUUAUGAAAAACAUUCUUUUUAAAAAAAAAUUGAAGUGCUAGAAUGAAAUGACUUAAUUGGAAUCUUUGAGACGUCAUUCCACGCAUCUUUGUUAGUUUCCGGAUGGAACAAAGCUCCUAAGAAGAAGUUACAUUGAAAGUCUUUUUUCCGCAUCUAAUUAUGCACUUUCAAAACACUAAUCUGAUUGAAUUAUUUUGGCAAGGUAA